GGUGGCCCUACCUGUGCUUGCGUCGCUAUGGCUACGACUCCAACCUCUUCUCCUUCGAGAGCGGCCGCCGCUGCCAGACGGGACAAGGAUGAGGUCUGGUGGCGAGAGAGAGGGAGACCUGGGGGUUGGGACAGGGGGGGUGGUUACUAUGGGUUCCGGUAAGUCAGGCUCGUUGUGUUCCCACCUCAUGCCUUGAUGAUGAAUGACAUAAUACUGUGAUCACCAGAAAUAUUAGUCAGAAAUAGAAUCAUUAUGGUAUCAUUGACUUAAGUAGGGAUUGGAUUGGAUGUCCAUUUAAUUAUUCUAUUUCUGUGGUUACAGUAUUGAUGCCUGUGUCUGACUCUGUGUGGUGUUGUACUGUGUUUGAGAGGGAGUUGGGUUUUUUAGUUUGGUCGCACAAGUAGAGCAAAGCUGUGUGUUCUGUGUUUUCUUUGUCAUUAUGCAGUUUGACUUGUUUCAGGGAUGGGAUCGUGUGUAGUUUGUCUCUAAUGUUAUGCUGUACCUAUGGUUGUUCCUAAUGUGUUCCGUCUUGAUAUUUUACGAUGCUAUAAUUUCCUUGUCCUUCAUCUCUAUCACUCUGUUGCCUUCCCCUACCCAGUCCUUUUAGAUCAGUGAUCACAAGGUCGACAAGGGCAUAGGUGGCAAGGAAAAGUUUGAAGACCCAAUAAAUGUACAAACCUUUUGUAAACUUGAAGGUGUAAGCAGUGCUGAUAAUGGUUGUGCGUCUCAAUUGUCUAUAUUGCAGUCGUGCUGCCCAUAUGCGAUUCCUGAGUUGUUUUUUGACUGUGUUUUGACUGUUUCUUGACUGUGUGUGUGUGUCUUUAGGGAUAUUUGCCUUCAAGUGUGCUCGGGCGGAGGAGAUCUUCAACAUGCUGCAGGAGGUAAUGCACAGCCACAGCAUCAGUGUGGUGGAGGAGGCCGUGCUGGAGGCCAACCACCAGGCCAACCACCAGGCUGCUCUGGGCUACUCUGUCCCCACCGUGCCCAAUGGUGUCACCCGGAUCCCUUCGGUGGGCGACACCCCCUCGUACCCCUCCACGCGCCACCCGUCUGUGGCCAGCACCCGCCUGCCCUCGGUGGGAGAGGAGUCCUCACACCCCCUGCUAGUGGCUGAUGAUGCGAUCCAUACCUAUGUGAACACCACAGGCCUGCUGGAUGACCAGCCCAGCCCUCUGACUGCUCCAGCCCCUCUGGACAGCCCCGACUCAGGCCAGUCCCAGUGCCCCCCUACACCCCCUCCUCCACGGGUAGCCAGACCAGAGCCUUUGCCCCCCAUGCCCCAGCUCCAGGAAGAGCCCCAGGUACUGCUGGAGCCCCUGGGGGUGCGCUUCGUGCUGGGGCCCACCCCUGUGCAGAAGAAGAUGGCCAAGGGGAAGCAGUCGACUGGGGAUGGAGAUGGAGAGGAGGCAGGAGAGGACCCAGAGUCCCCGGAUCCUGGAGAGGGGAAGACUAACGGCCACACGGACACACACUGUGCCACCGAGGCCCCAGCCCCACUGGAGGGCCAGCCUCAGCCGCCCCACACACACUCCAACGGCACCUCGGCCUCUGUCGGGGCUCCUGCUCCAGCAACAGCCCCCCGCCUCCACCGCCCACCCCCCCUCACCCCCGACACCAUGCAGAAUGUCAACAACUCAGCCCAGCGACGCACGGCCCUCCUGGACUAUGAGAACCUGCCGGCCCUGCCGCCCGUCUGGGAGACCCGCAAGCCCAGCAACAAGGAAGUGGAGAACAAUGGAGGGCCCCACGGUGGAGGAGGCCAAGGGGGGCUGAAGACGCCCUCCCUCAACGGCCUCAACCACCACCACCACAGCCUCCUCCACCACUCCUACUCCCACCCCCUGUCAGCCUACCCCCCUCUGUCGGCCAUGGAACCCUCCCACAACUACGUCAACACAGAGAAUGUGACGGCUCCUCUAAGCGCCCGCUGUGCCCCCGACAUGGUACGCCGCCGCACCGACGGACCCACCAUCUUCAACUUCGACUUCCGGCGGCCGUUGGGGCCGCUGUGUCAGGAGCCUCCCAAGACACUCAACUACAUCGAGGUGGAGAUGGAAACUACCACCACCUCUUCCUCCGCAGCAGCCAAGGGUGCCUCCUCGGACACCAGCAACCCCCACACGCCCCGCACCCCCACCUCGCCGCUGCCGCCCACCACCCCCACCCGCCGCACUGAGCUCUACGCCUUCAUUGACAUCGAGCGCACCGCCGCCAUGUCCAGCCUGCAGAAGGCUCGGCCGCGCGACGAUGGAACGUCGAGGAAAACACGGCACAACAGCACGGAACUGCCCACCAAAAGCACUGUCUGACUCUGAACUGAUUCUCCUGGCACCUUUUUCUACUAUGAACCCCCUUUAAAAAAAUAUGAAACCAAUGUGAAGGCAGCCUACACAGCGGACUUUCUUAAUAAACACAAAGACAGAGAAACACAGGCCAUGGAGACAUUGAAAAUGCAUUCAAAGAGACUCCAGAAAGCUGUCUUAAAUUAGAUAUAAACAGGCUUUUUGUUGUAUGUGUGGUUGGUUUACCUGUAAGGGAAUUCAGGUAGACCAAAGUAGGUACUUACUUGCAAUAUACCAAUUUAUUCCUAUGGUAAUAUAAUACCUCUUCUCCUUCACUCAUUCUACAGUGCAUUUGGGUUGUUUAUUAUGUUAAUAAGACUGGACUGCAUUCCUCCUCACCCAACCCCCACCCCACCUCACCCAACCCCACCCCUCCUCUCCUCUAUGGUACAAAUCAGUAUUACUGAACAAAGCAUUCCAUUUAGCCUUUUUGUAUGAUAUGAUUCACUACAUGCAUUGCUGCUGUAAUUUCAGUAUCUGAGGAUUACAUGGUACACUAUAUGUUUCUGACAAUGUACAGUAGAUUCUGGCACAAUAAAUGUCUGUUCUGUUUUUA